CGACCCGGUCUGACCCCAAACCCCAACCCCACCCCGCGCCGCGCUCAAACCCCAUUUCUACCUCAUCUUGGCCGCGUCCUCGCCAUCGCCAUCGCCAUCGGAAGCUUCCCUUCCUCCUCGCUCGAUCCCGACCCAGGCCCGUCGCCGUCGGUGUUGCCGUUUGCGUAUUAAUUUGCAGAAGUGAUCGUCAGAGCUAGCAGCAGUGAAAGAAAAUGGUGUCUCCCAAUGAAGCUGACGACGACAAUAUUGGACACAAAAAGGGGAAAAAAGAGCACACGUUGGAGACUAUGCAAUGUUUGCUGUUUGCUAGAGAGAACCUCCCCGGUGACGUGUACCACGAGUUUGUCAAGACCAUGAACGAGAUUGGGAAAAAACGUGCCGACCCUGACAGUGAAAUAAGGAACAUCUGCCCUGAAAACUGCAUAGAGACGGCGUUAAAGCUAUUCCAGGGCUGUGAUACAGUUAAACAGAGCUUCCUGAACUUUACUGAAGGCCGUAGCCCCAUCGAAGGGAAUAGCAAUGUCGAUGCAGAUGUCGAAGCCGUUGUUGUCAAGAACCCCCUGCUACAGAAACCAACGGAUUUUCUUUCCAGAGUGAAGACAUGCCCUUACAUCAGCGACGAUGAUUAUGCCGCUUUUUUGCAAACUAUGCAAGAUUUUUGCAAGGACAGGACCAUGACCCCUCGAGAAGUUUACAGUAAUGUGGAGAGAUGCAUGCGCAACUGUCCCGAGCUGUUGGAAGAGUUUGUAGAUAAUUAUCUCCCUGAAGACCUGAAGGCCUCAGUUAAAGCAAAUGAUAAUCACAGCUUGGAUGGUGUCCAUAUGAAAGAAGGGGACGAGGAAGGCAAGGUUAAACCCUUGCGAGAAUGGACUACCUCAAGAAUUGAUGAAUUGCCCCCAAAAGUGGAACCCAAGGAACUCAAAAGGCAUUGCACUCCUAGCUAUUACCUGCUGCCAGAUAAUUGUAUACCUCUAUUGAGUUACCGGACCAAACUGGGAAGGUCUAUUCUCAACGAUGCUUUGAUUUGUCCUGUAUCUGAGGAGGAAAGCCCUAACCAUAAAACUGCAAAUGAAUAUGAAGCAACAAUGUCGCUUUGCGAAGAAGACAUGUUUGAGAGUGACAUGCUCCUGCAGUGGUUUCGUGUGACUGCGGACUUCAUUGCCAAUCUCCAACAUCGUGUUGGCAGCAAUGUGAAGAUUAGGGAGCAGCUAACUCCUCUACACAGGAGGUGCAUCAUAAGACUAUAUGGUGAGGAAUUUCUUGAAGCUCUGUUGGAUACCAACAAUGCAAGUACUAUUCUCCCUAUUAUACUUUCUCGUUUGAAUCGGAGCAUAGUAGAACUACGGGAUGCACGAUUGCAUUUGCAUAAGACUUGCUCAGAAGUUAUAGCAAAAAAUUACUACAAAUCACUUGAUCGUCGCGGCCCCUCUUUCAAACAAUUGGAUGCGAAGAGAAUGAGCCAGAAAGCUUUGCUGGCUGAAGCCAAGAAAAUCAAUAAAAUGAAGCCAAAGGCUGAAGAUCAAUAUGCUAAUCCUGAUAUACACAAGGACAUAAGCAGUAUAAUCUCAUCUGCAUGCGCUUCUGAAGAGAAGCAGAUGGUGACUUGGACAAAAAUAGUACAUCCAUUUCUUUCUGCUCACUGUGCACGGCCUCCAUCAGAGGAAACCGCAGCUCCUGAAAAAGCUUGUGAACAUUGCGGCACCAGAAAACAUGCUCUCAAUAGCAAUCCUGAUGCUUUCGCUGCCACUAAUCUUCCUCUAUCAUCCAAGAGAGGUGAAUUUCUAAGGAAAAGUGCCCACGACUUUAGCUCUUCACAUGAUGGUUCUGGCGCAGACAUUGAGGAGGGCGAGUUCAUACCCGAUCCAGAAACCAUUGUGUCGGAUGUCAUGCUCGGUGCCAGAAAACCAGUAAGCUGUGAUGUUGCUGCUUCUGUUAGAGAUGGGUUGAGCUCUCGUUGGCGCAUAAUUGAUACUUCCGAACCUAGUACUCGUGACCAUUGGAAUAAACAUGAAAAGAAGCAUGAAUCAAGGCAAACAUCUGCUAAACAGCGUGGUGUGAAAGGAGAUACUUGUUGUUUCCUCGUUGUGCUUCGCAGGCUUUACCAGAUUUUAUAUGACAGACUACAGAAUGCGAGAUAUUUAUGCACCAGUGACAACCUAUAUGCAGAAUUUAAGGAGAAACUCACCAAGCUACUUUAUCGUGCUAUUGAUAAUUCCAAUUUUGAGGACUUCUGCCUGAAAUUUCUUGGGCCAAUGUCUUUUGAACUUUUUACUCUGGAUACAGUGAUAAACCAAGUUAUCAAGCAGCUGUGCAUAAUUUCUUCCAAGGAUCCAGACAACUCGAUCAUUCACUUCCUUGGGAAGUUACAAAGGCCAAUUCUACCCAAUGAAUUGCCGAAGCAUGGUCGAGAGGAGCAAGAGAAAGCUCGUGAUCAUACUGUAAAACUUCCGCGCCAUUUUGAGAGACGGAAAAAACGCAAGUUGGAGAAUGGUGGAACGGAUUCAACUCAGCUUGGAGGAGUGACUGAAACUCAUCAUUGAAUGUUAUACCCUGGUGUAACGUAACAUGCUGGAUUUGAUUAUUUGAAGUAUCGUUACAAUGAAAUUGAGAAACAUUAUGUUGCUUGUUAUAAGAAACUAUCCUUGUCCCA